AUGCCACACUCAAACGCGUUCGAAAAAGUCAACCGAACAUAUCUCAAGCCGGGGGCGGCCGAGAAGAUCAAGAAGGACUAUCUCAGUUACACACGCGAGACAGAUGCCGUGCUCGAACGUUUCCUCGACGACGAAUUUCUAAAACUCGUUUCAGACGAACUCGAAGAGGAAAAGUGGCACAGCAAAAACAACGACUUGUACACCUUCUUUCAAUCCAACGGGCUUGAACAAAUCGAAAGGCCAAAUGUUCAAGCUGCAAAAAACAUUCUCUACAGUAGAGAAUUCCGAAAACUCCUACAAGCCGUGUUAGGCAUUCGACUCUCUAGCAAAGUGGACGCCUCUGCAAGUAGGUACUGGUCCCAUUGCCACCUUCUAUGUCACGAUGACGAAUAUCAAGGCCGACGCGUUGCCUUCAUCCUGUAUUUAGUCCCAGAAGACUGGAGUCCAGAGGACGGAGGAAUGCUGGACUUAUUCGAAGUCGACGAAAAUGGACAACCCACAAAAAUAAUAGAGUCGAUUCUCCCCCGCUGGAAUCAAUUUGUGUUUUUUGAAGUCACUCCGUUCUCCUUCCAUCAAGUCUCGGAAGUCCUUUCUACUUCCAAACAGCGUCUCGCGAUCAGCGGGUGGUUCUAUGGAGAAAGCGUUUACUCUCCAACGGAGUACGAGGAACCCCCUUUACCACGUCGACCUCUGUUGCGAUUCGACGAAAGCCCGAAUGAAUAUCUGAAAGAUUGGAUCAAUCCCUCCUACCUGCUUCCCGCUUCCCGUGCUAGCAUACGCAAGCGCUUCGGGAAGUAUAGCCACGUCCAACUGCAACGAUUUUUGGUCCGAUCCAAGCACUUGAAGCUUCGAAAAGCUUUCAGUCCGUCGAAUCAAGCUGCACCCAACUGGACCACCAUUGGCCCUGCCAAUCGACGACACUACGAGUCACUGGGGAGAUGGGAACAAUCCGAAGCUCCGAAAAUCAUAGACGAGGCCAUACGCAUGUUCCAAAGCCCACAAUUCGCCUGUCUUCUUCAAAAACUGACCAGGCUCGCCCUAUCUCAUAUGCACUUGGAAGUCAGACAGUUCCGCCACAGGAGCUACACUUUGGUACAAGACAACACUCAACAGCAUAACGAGACUGGACUGGACGUGUAUUAUUGCCUCUGCGAAGAAGACUGUUGGGACAUCGAUGUUGGAGGCCAAAUCACCUACAUAGAUGAAGACCACGAACUCAUCACAUUCGUGCCACUAGACAAUUCCAUCUGCAUGGCGUUCAGAGAUGAGGGAUGCAUGAAAUUCCUCACCGUCUCACACGCUGUUCGUGCGUCUGACACGGAGACGGGCGACAGGUACGUGGGAGACGCUCGAGACUUUGACGCGGGCGAAGCGGGUCUUUCGGUGCGUGAGGACAGACCUCGCACGGCGCGUGUUUGCGAGCGGUAUUGA